AUGCGAUUGCAUAAACAGGCGGCCCGCGACGCAUCGCAGCGCUCCUACCGUGCCGCACUUCCGCUACGCGUACAGCGCCUGAAGCGAGCCCUCGACAUUUCGCGCUUCGUCGCCCAGAUGGAGAAGCUGCUCGCCAAGCCGAUCAAGAUUCCGGGCCUCUACUCGUCGGUGAAGAAUCGUUUCGGCCGUCCGCUGUCGCUCUUCUCGAUCAAAAACGUGUGGCCGAGUCUGCAAGAACGUCUCCACCACGCCUCCCGCCUCUACAAUUUUAGUCAGCCCAGAUCGCGGGAAUGGCUUCACGAGUUGCUCGUCGACGACUCGGAUUCCGAGUACGAGGCCGACCAUUUCCAAUUCAACGAGGAGGACAUCAGGACGCUGCUCAAGAUCCAUCGCCGUCGGCGUGCCAUCCAAAAGUCCUACCACCUCGAUGCCGCCGGGAAUACGUGCAUGUACUACGGCGCGGGUCUGGUCAGCCUCAACGAUCAAUUCAUGGACGGAAACGGGCUGAUGCGACACUCCGUCUACCGA